AUGCAUGAUGUUUGCAAUUACGACGCAUAUUUCGUUCAGAAGUACGAUGCUAUUGGGAUUUUGGGUCUUUUUCCGGAGCAAAAACCUACAGCUUCUUUAUGGAUGCUGGCAUUUGGCACAUCUGCAGACCAUGUGGAUGGGAUUUCUAGGAUGGAGAAAUCCAAUAUCCAAGAAAGUUUGGUCAGAUUCUGUGAUGCAAUCGAAACUAUCUACACGAAGGAUUACCUCCGCAAACCUACGCCUAGGGACCUCAAAAGGCUUCUACAAAAAGCCAAGGCUCGAGGUUUCCCAUACAUGACUGGAAGCAUCGACUACAUACACUGGCAGUGGAAGAAAUGCCCAACCGCCUGGCAAGGAGAUUAUGGGUAUAGGAAUGGCCAAAAAAGUAUCAUUCUAGAAGCGGUUGCAUCAUUCGAUACAUGGGUUUGGCAUGCCUUUUUCGGAGUUGUGGGAUCUCAAAACGACCUUAACAUGCUCGGUCAAUCCUUGGUGUUUAAUGAUUUGUUGAGAGGUCAAUCUCCUCAUAUCACGUAUAAAAUCAACAAUACUAUCUACUCGGGUGGAUACUACCUAGGAGACGAAAUUUACCCAAGGUGGACAACAUUCGUCAAAACAAUUCCGCAUCCCCAAUUAGAGAAUGAAAAAUACUUUGAUGCCUAUCAAGAGGGUUAUAGGAAAAAUGUGGAAAGAUGUUUUAGUAUCCUCCAAGAUCAGUGGGCAAUCAUUAGGGGGGCUGCUCGUAUGUUUGAUGAAGAG